CAUGGUCAUUGCCGCUCCCACCCAAACUAAAUUUAUCUGAUAUUGGCCGGGAUCUAGCGAGUUUGUUCAUUAUAUCACGCUGCUGGUGAAAUGCGAAAAAUGGGAUGACUUGUAACUUGCUAUAAAUGAAAGCCAGCGCUCCAUGUUUACCAGUUCAUUCCAGCUAUGAGACUCUGCAUAUUGGGAUCACUAGCUCUCUACCUCAGUCUCCUUGCCUUGAGAGGCAAGCCGUUGGUUGUAGUCGCCGCCGCUGCUGCCGCUGCUCCUGCUCCCGCUGCUCCUGCUCCAGCUGCUCCUGCUCCAGUGCUUGACUAUCACCUUUGAUAUCUCCGAACUGGAGUUGAGUAUCGGAUCCUGCCUGUCAUUCGUGUUAGAGGCGGGGGGCUGACACUCGCCACCACUGGCAACAGAAACAAGACUAACUGCCCUCUUGAUGUUGUUCAAGAGCAACAAGAGGUAUCCAAUGGUAUUCCACUCACAUUAUCGCCUGUGAUGAAGAAAGGAAUCGUUCGCCUGUCCACUGAUCUCAACAUCAAGUUCUCUACUUCUGCGGCAGUGACAGUCUGUUUGCACACUUCAAAGGUUUGGAAGUUGGACAACUUCAUUGAGUCAGGAGGGCAAUGGUUUGUCACCAGUGGCGGCGUUGAAGGCAAUCCGGGUCGUAAAACUAUAAGCAGCUGGCUUAAGAGCAGAGAUGUUGACGUUUAUCUUGUAAAUGGAAUUAGGCGUCUGGCUCUAAGUGAUAUACCACUUAAAGUCAUGUUCAAGAGGGUUUGAACUGAUUCAGAUCAGAUGCUUUCUUACGUCAAAAACUAAUUUGCUUUUAAAUAAGACAGCUGCGACGAUUGCCUGUUAAUCAAUAUGUCUAUGAUGCUCGGGCCUUCCUUGAUGAUAUUGCUUCU